AUGCAGCCUCCACAGGUACCUCACAUUCCUAAUCAACCUGCUCCUCCUGCUCCUCCUGCUCCUCCUAUAUAUGGCCCUAUUCAUUACGAGGGUGCAGUUGGUCCUCACAAUGUCGAUAAUCCCCUGCACUACUUUGCACCCAAUCCUGCACAACCUUUACAUGGACCACCUCAACCUGAUUAUCGUCAGUUUAAUGCUCAAUUUCAACAACAUUGGCAGGUAGAGCAAAUGGAAAAUGAGCGCAUUAGAAAUGACUUGCUUCAAAGACAAGUGCAGGAGGAAUUUCAUCGACAGCAGAUUCAGCUGCAAUUGCAGCAGCAGGAAGCUGAGCAACUGCAGAUGCAACAGCAAUUACAGCAGCAAUGGCAGCAGCAAUGGCAGCAGCAGGAAGCUGAGCGACUUCAGAUGCAGCAGCGAUUGCAGCAACAGGAAGCUGAGAAUGCCAAUAGACAAGCUUAUGAUAUUCUGCGUGCAGGUCAAGAGGCAGAAGAGGAACAACACUGCCAGGAGCAGAGGGAUCAUGAGCAACAGGAGCGUCUUGAAGAGGCAUUGUGUGAAUAUGAUAAUCCUGCUUCUCAGCAGCAGCAUGAAGACGACGAGGAAAGAAGAAGAACUCAGGAGCAAGAACGUCGUUGGCAGCGCGAUGCAGAGGAUGAUGAAAAUAUCAACCAGGCGCCUGUCUGA